AUGGAUACUGAGCAUUGUAAGUUUUUUGUUCAACGUAAAAAAAGAUUCUGCAGAAUGACUGUAAAAAAAGGACAUAAAUAUUGUGGGGAACAUAUGGAGGCAGAUGUCAGCGUACAAUCUCCAUCCAAAAGAAUUCCUUGUCCUCUAGACAGUACUCAUACUUGUUUUGAGUCGAGAUUGAAGCAGCAUUUGGAAGUUUGCAAUGUCAAGAAACUUAUUGAUGCUAGACCAGAAUGUAUUAUCGAGGGAAUAAAUCGUGGUGAGAUUGGUAUAGAAGCUCCCAAGCACGUUCCUCUUACUUUGCUGGACCAGAAUGUCGUUGAUGAUGUGAUUAAAAAAGUUGAAGCUGCUGCUGACAAACUGCCAAAAGUAGAAGAACUAAUAUUAGAACAUGAUAUUCUGAGCGCUGAAAUAAAUAAUUCGUCGUAUGGAAAUUAUUUGAAGAAGCAUUUAAUUCAAAACUCAUCACUGCUGGCCCAUCUAAAUCGGGCUGGAUUAUUAAAAGAGAAUAGUUGUUUUAUUGAAUUUGGAGCUGGGAAAGGAAAAUUGACUUAUUGGCUGGCUCAGUUAAUUAAAAAUACUAAAGAUUCAACAGUAAUACUAGUAGAUCGUUCAAGCCAUCGUCAUAAGAAUGAUAAUAAAUUAAAGACUGAAGAUUGUUCGAUAAAUAUUGUGAGAAUACGAGCAGAUAUUGCUGAUCUCUGCUUGAAUAAAAUUGAAGAAGUUAAAAAUAGUAAAUAUACUGUAGGAAUCGCUAAACAUUUAUGUGGUGCAGCAACUGACUUAACGUUGAGAUGUUUGACGAAUCAGACAGAAGAUACUGGAGUCAGUGGACUAAUAAUCGCAUUCUGCUGUCAUCAUCGUUGUGAAUAUAUUUCUUAUGUAGGUAAAAAAUAUUUAAAGGAAUGUGGGUUUACUCCUGAGGAAUUUCCAAUCCUGUGUAGUAUUGCCAGCUGGGCAACUUGUGGUACUGGCAAAAAUCGACAAUCGAAUUCCACUGACAAAGAAUCCAGCGAGGAUAUGAAACGUGAAAGACGUGAAUCGAUAGGUCGAAAGGUCAAAUCACUGUUGAAUUGGGGACGGAUUAAAUAUCUUGACUCAAUGGGUUUUGAUAGUAAAUUAUACUAUUACACACGUUUAGAAGUAUCUUUGGAAAACAUGUGCGUCGUCGCUACUCGUAAAAUAAAUAUAUAAAAAAAUGUAUUUUUAAAAAAUUUUAUUUAAGUAAAAAAAAUUAUAAAAAUAUUUUAUAAAAUAAUAAAACUUAUUAGUAUU